UUAGUGGUUCAUUACGGUAUUUAUGCAAUUUCCUGCACGGAGGUUUACGCAACUGUACUGGACAGCUCAUUUACCGGCUGUCAGCUGAAUAUAUUCUGCUUUUAUUCGGUUACUUAUCGUGUUACCGUAAUAUGGCUGGCUGUACCUUUGUUGCCAGACUUUUGCCGUUGGCGAGAGGCCGCUUUUGUAAUAACAUGUCUCUCCCCGUACGCACAGCUACCCGUGCUUUUUCCUGCACUUUAACUUGUUCACAGCUUCAGCAAGUCCACGGGGUCAGCGCUUUAACGGGGAAAGUGGACCGAUUCGGUGGAGUGACAGUGAACCUGGCUGAGGUCGGACUGCCGGGUGACAUCAGCGAGAGCUCAUUCAGCGGUUUACUGCAAGAUUCUUUAGCCCAGUGGAAAGCAGAGGGGAAGGCAGCAGUGUGGCUUCGAGUACCCAUCUCGCUGAGUCGAUGUGCUGCCGCCGCCUCGGCUCACGGCUUCACCUUCCAUCAUGCCAGAAACGACUACGCCAUGCUGGCUCUUUGGCUGGGAGAGGGGGAGAGCAGACUACCAGGUUUUGCAACUCACCAAAUUGGAGUGGCAGGUGCAGUUGUUGAUGAGUCCAAUGCAAAGGUCCUUGUUGUCCAAGACAGAAAUAAGACAAAGAAUGCUUGGAAGUUUCCCGGUGGUUUGUCUGAUCCAGGAGAAAAUAUUGGUACGACUGCUGUUCGUGAAGUGUUUGAGGAAACUGGUGUUCGCUCCGAGUUCAGAUCUCUGCUAAGUAUCCGGCAGCAGCACAACCACCCCGGUGCCUUCGGCAUGUCUGACAUGUACAUCAUCUGCCGUCUGAGCCCGCUAACCUACGAGAUCAACUUCUGCACUCAGGAGUGUCUACGCUGCGAGUGGCUGGACAUCAGCGAGCUGGCCAAAACCAGCGAGACCACGCCCAUCACCACUCGCUUAGCCAGUCUUCUGCUUCAUGGCCUUGAGCACGGCUUUGAUAAGAUCGACCUCAACAUGGAGGAGCUUCCUGCUGUUUACUCUGGGAGGUUUUACCAGUUAUAUUACAGACAGCUUCCCACGAUACUAAAAUUAUAGGAGCUCCACAGAUCACCUCAUUGUAGCCAGAUAUGGUGAAGCACGGUUGUCACCAUUACUCCUAUAUUAAAAAUCUAUUUAUAACUCGACUGUUACUUUUGAAGAAUUACAGUGUAACCAGUUGGAUUAAAAACACACUGCAAAUUUUAUGAUGCUUUUUGCAUCUGCAUUGCUGCAGUUUUAAAUGUUUUAUUUAACACGUCUUGGUGGCCACGUUCAAAACCCAAAGUUUUCCUCUCCAUGUUGGUCAUUUACAUCAGCGGUCUCCAACCCCCGAGUCAUAGGGUACAUAGGGCUUUUUCUUUUUGGUACCGGUUUUAUUUUGUUGUAUUUAUCAGCGACACCUUAAAGGCCAGUCUGUGAAAAUAUUGUCGGACAUAAACCGGUCCGUGGCCCAAAAAAGGUUGGGGACCGCUGAUUUAAAUGACUUUUUCACAGUCAGUAAUAUGGUGAUGACAAGGCAAAGCAAUGUCUUUAAAAUGUUGUGCUGUGAUUUAAAGAUUGUGUUUCUUGCCGAUGUGUUUCAAGCACAAUCAACAGCCAAUAAUACAACAAUUCACCAAGUCAACACUUAUCUAUUUAACAGUCCAAGUCAUAUGUGUUCAAAAGGGGAAGUAAUGAAGUAAUGCUUGGGUUUUGCUUUUAGUGUUUCUUCUUCUUUUAAUUCAAAUUUUAUAUUUUUCAGAAUACAGUUAGAGUAUUGUAGGAUUUAAACGUGUUUUCUUAUUUAUGAAAACACUCAAAUAUGCAGUAUAUUACCAACACCCUGCACUUAAACCCAGACUCCAGCUUAGACUUUCAUUAGGUUAAGCAGAUAGCUGUUUUGAAUCCUUUAGCCAAUAUAGAGAGAGCUAUGUUAAUUAAAAAAAAAAAAAAACCCAUUGUGUUUUACUGCUGUUUAACUGAGAUGCACUAGGCAGCUGGCUCCAGUUGGUUGGUCUACAGUAAAAUUCUGGUUAAUAAUAAUAGUAAUAAUAAUAUUAUAAUAUAAUAAAAGGUAUGACUAUAUGGUGCUAAUUUAAAGUGAAGCUGAAUAAUUGCAGACAUGUUUAUGAUAAAAAUAAUAACUGUUAGGAUCUAACAGUAAAGCUUCACAGCUAUUUUGGGCAAUGCUGAUGGAACACUUGCUUCAUUGCCGUCACAUCUUUUCAUUCAGACAUCAGUAUCUCUCACUCUGAGCCCAGAUUAGCAUUUAGCAGACAUUGGGAGAAAGAGAA